AUGAGUACAAUUUUUUACAUUGUAUGCAUCUUCGCCGUCAAGAUUAUUCUUAGCGCAUCUAUUGACAAGCCAAACAAUGGCAUCCGUAUCCAAAUCUAUGAUAAUAUCGCUGAAAUAACUCGUCCCAUCUCACCUUAUGCAGAUUUGCCUAUGAUCUUCUCUCAACAGGAAUGGUACGACAUUCGAUCAGAUUCAUUUCGACUUAUCGGUGACUGCGUUCAUGUUCAUGGUCAGACCAUUUCGUUUAACCGCACAUCAUUGAAUGGUCACAAAAUCUUAAUCAAACGUAAUGUGAAUAAUGAUACAUAUACCGAAGGAAUAAUGAUCGAUGAAACACGAAAUUUAAUACAAGAUUUGACUGAUAAUACAUACUAUGUUAUAACUAAUGAUCGCAUACGAUAUUUAUCUAUUCCACCGGUGAGAAAUUAUACCGUUGACUUUAUCUUAGAAUCAUAUACAAAUAAACAACUUUACGUGCGAUAUUUGCAGAACAAUAUCAGAUGGAAAGUACAUUACGAUCUUUUAUUGGAAAAUAAUGAUGCAUAUUCGAUUUUACAAGCAUACGCGUCUGUCCGAAAUAGUGGAGAUUCGUCAUUGAUGAUUGAUUAUGCUGAACUAAUCAGUGGAGAUGUGAAUAUUCAAUCGACAUCUAAUGAUGAUUCUUCUUCGGGAGGGAAUCCUCUUUAUGCUGGUUUUGCUGAUGGCAAUAGUCAGCAAGUCAGCUCGACACCAGUGAUGGGAUUUGCGCCAACGAUUUCCGAAUCUGAAGAAUUAGUCGGUGUUUAUCUUUUUCGAAUCAAUGAGACAUUUGUACUUGAUCCUCGAUCAACAUUUAUUCUUCCAAUGUUCCGUCCGACCAUUGAUAUUGAACGGUAUGGUUCUAUCGAGAAAUAUUUCUCUUCAGUUGACAAUCAUGGAAAUGCUCGACGUGCUUAUCGGCUUCGUGUUGAAAAGAAUUUUCUUCCCGCUGGCAAAGUAUUUGUACGAGAAUCCGAUCGAUUAGUUGGAGAAACGUACUGGUCGGAUGUUGGUGCAAAUCAAACCAACGAAUUCAGUCUUGGUCAAGAUCCUGAUUUGCAAUAUAUUGAAUAUGUUCAAUUAGAUUCACGUCGAAACAUCUCCAAUGAGAAUACAUUUCCUUUGAUUUUAUCGACGUAUACAAUCGAUUUGCAUUUGAUUAAUAAUAAACAACGCGAUGUAACGAUCGAAUAUCGAUUGAAGUUUUCUUCGCAAGUCAAUUUGAGUUUGAAAGACAAUUCAACCAAUAGUUCGAUUGUCAUGGAUGGAGCGUCACUUUUGGGAAUAUUUCGGCUUAAUGCAAAUGGUGAACAAUAUGCCAAAUUUACAUUUGAAACUCAAUGA